CUUCCUGCAGUCAUCUGACAAGCUGCUGUGGGGUUACGAAGUUGGUCUGAUCCUGCAAAGGUGUUCUUUACUUCUUAAGAACUGUCAAAGAAGCUUCUUUGGGGUUCGAUUGUUUCCUGCCUCCUAUCUAUACAAUAUGGUUACAACAUGUGGAUACUCUACUCCCCUUCUGUGGAAAGGUGCUUUGGUGAUAACUGCCUUUUCAUCAAUUAUCUGUCCUAUCCUAUUGGCUUUUGCAAAUAAAAUAACUGUCCAUGAAUACACAAUCUUUGCACGCUUCUACACUGGGAUAUGCACAGGAAUAAUCUCCAUUGUUGUUCCUCUGUACCUUGGCGAGAUAUCCCCUACAAGCCUGAGAGGAGGCAUAACCAUGAUGACUCACCUGUUUCUUGUUUUUGGUCUCCUGUUGGCUCAGAUACUUAGUGUUCCUGAAUUGCUUGGGACUCAAAAAGGUUUCUCAAUUCUGAUGGGCAUUUCUGGGGUCAUGCCAUUCUUUGCAAUCCUUCUGCUGCCCUUCUUUCCUGAAAGUCCUAGGUAUCUAUUCAUUCAGAAGAAGGAUGAAGAGAAGGCAAGACAAGUAUUGAAGAUACUGAGAGACAGGAACAAUGUGGAGGAAGAGAUUGAAGAGCUCCGACAGGAAGACCUCCUCGAGAAGGCAGAAAAGAACAUGAAUCCCAUGAAGCUGCUAUGGACUCCAACCCUACGAUGGCAAGUCAUCACCACAGUUGUCUUGAUGGGAGGCCAGCAGCUCGAUGGAAUCAAUGCGGUGCACUUUUAUGCACAGAGAAUCUACUUGUCUACAGGGAUGGAAGAAGGCCAUGCCCACUACCUUCGUAUGUCCUCAAUCAGUAUGGGCUGCUGCUCAAUCUUAUUAGGGAUGUGUCUUGCUGAUUCUAAGGGGCACAGGAUUCUGUUUCUCGCUGGCUUUGGGAUUUGCUGCAUUAUCUGUGUUCUAUUAACCAUGACCCUAGAAAUGCAGGGCACUAUCCCAGAGGUGGCAUAUAUCAGCACAUGUUUAGUCCAAGUAUUUCUCUUUGGACACUCCAUUGCGCCAGGUCCACUUUCGUCUGUAAUUGUACUGGAGCUGUUCCUUCAGUCAUCGCGAUCCUCUGCUUUUGUGAUUGCUGGAUUUGUGCAGUGGUUCACUCACUUCCUUAUAGGGCUGAUAUUCCUUCAUGUUGAGACACAUAUUGGAGCCUACAGCUUCCUCAUUUUCUGGCCUAUCUCUGUAGCCGUGUUUGUUUAUAUCUUCAAGUUUUUGCCAGAAAUGAAAGGCAGGACCUUUGUGGAUAUCAGGAGACUCAUGGCAAUCCAGACGGCCAAGAAGAUUGCAGUCAAGGGGCAGGCAGGCAAACAAGAACUCAAGAAGCAUCCUGCGUAG